GCCGGUUUUUGGGGGAAGAGAACUUGGGAGGUCUGGAGAGGAUCCUGUUGCAACCUUGGUAAUGUAGCCUCUAUGUGUUUUCGGGUCCUGGAACAGCUGUCUGCCUCUUUGGGGGUGGCUGGGAGGAAUCAGGAAGCUCUGUAGGAGGGUCUGGUGUGGUUCCAGAUGCAGGAGAAGCCUUGCAGAGAUGUGGGUAGCAUCCUGGAUCGGGGGUCUAGGGCCACCCUGACUUCCAGCAAGGAAGAAAGUGGGAACAGCGAAGACUUAACAGCAGGUUCUUGCUGUCGCUUCUGGAGGUGCCCAGCAAGGUUCAGGGGACUCUGGCCCACUUUGAGACUGUGGGCAGCGAGGUGGCCCUGGGCGGGGGGUGUUUUCUGAAGUCUUGGGAGGAGGAUGCCAAGGGGCAGGGAGCGGACAUUCUGCGGGUAAGAUGAGCAUUUCAGUGGGGCUAUUUCUGACAGGUCUUGGCCACUUCCUUAUGAGCCUCCUGUUUUUUUUGGGGGGAGUGUGGGUUAGUAGUAAGAAUAUGUUUUUUCCUUUCAAACCCAGUUUCUUUUCCCUCUUCUCCUCCCAUUUCUUGGCCUCUGCCCCUGUGAAGUCCCUUAAUUCCUUGCUGCUGGUGCCUGCAUGUCAUCAGGUAACAGGCAGCCCUUGGGGGCUGUGAUUACCGUCCCACAAUUACUUUAAUACAAAGAGACUUCCCUAGAAGGCGAGCAGGGGAAGUCUGAUAGCCUCAAUACUUAGGUUUUAAGCAAUGCGUUAAGAGCUGAGCCUUGUUUGUGGAAGCAGCUGCUCAAAGGAGGUAUUUUUAGUGUGUCUGAGGAGUGAAAAAAUAUGUCCCACGUGUGGCUGUGCUGGCAUUACCCAGAGGCAGGAGGACUGGCAGAGGGGCUUCCCAAAGAUUUCCUUCCCCCGAGUUUUCCUGGUCAGGGUCUGAGGAGCAGCAGGAGAAUCGGAGAAUCGGGAAGCUCUGCCAGCCCUUUUUCUCCUGGUGUUAAUCCCGCAGCCUGGCCUGUGUGAGCAGGCCCCAGUGCAUAGCGACCACUCUGAACUGGUGCGACCGUGCAGAAAUGCCAGGCUCUAGCUGUUGGAGAGGUGGUGCUGGUGUGGAGGUAGCUCAGGACCUCCUGAAUCGACCAGGAGUACGUACCAGCAGUGCCCAAAGCUCUCAUCAUCUUGCAGGAGCCACGUUCGUCUCUCGUUUUCUGGGUUUAUUCCACCCUGAUUGGGUUCUCCUGGGUCUAGUCCCUCCUUUUGGUAACACGGAAUUGCCCCCUGCAAGAUAUUUUCUAGGGCUUUAAUUUAUUUGUACCAUCAAGUACCUAAGCACACAUCGGGGUACUAUAAAAAUAAUAAUGCGCUAAUAGCAAGCGAGCACCGUUAUGGCGUGGGGCCGUCGCAGCGUGCAAUGGGAGCGAGGGAACUCUGUGUUCCCUUCCUUUUGGCGUCUUCUGUGGCAGAUUUUCUGUUUAUACUGCUAGAAUAAACGGGGUGUCCUGGCUGAGUUUAGAAACUUUACGUUGUAAAACCCAGCAUGAUGAAACCAGCACGAAAUGCGCCAGGAUGGAGAUAACUGGUAACUGCUCAUCACAAGGUGGAAACGAUCCCAGGUGAGGGGAGGGUUGUUAGGCCGAAUGCCUGGGGAGAUCCUGGUCAUUCUUCCAUGAAAUGUCUGCCCAGAACUACCAAGCCCUUGUCUGCCUAUACCGGUGUGCAGCCUGGUCAUACUGGUAAACAUGGUAACAAAAACCUCUCUACGUUGACAUUGAGGCUGCAUUAUGCUGAUCGUGGCUACAAAAAUGCCUGCCAGUGUUUAAAAACUUAAUUUUUCAGGCCAGCCAAAUUGUUGGGAUUUCUGGAUCUCAUCCACCACUUGUUUGUUUUGAUAUCUCCAGAAGUUAGCAGAUGGUAGAGACUUAAUUCUGUUAAACGUAUGGGAAUUUAAUCCCCAGCCAGCCUCCGGUCAGGAUGUGUUGUCUCUGCGUGGCAGCUGUGCUCUGCACCGGGAUGGGAGCUUGGGACGGGGACAGGGCUGCCAGGCUCCUCUCCCUGGAUUUGCACCUGAUUGCAGGGAUGGGGGGACGGGGAAGGACUGAGUUUCCUGCUCCGUUUCCUGAUGAAGCAUCUGUUUUUGCUUGAAUUCAGUGAAAUCUGUGAGCUAGCUAUUCAUAUCCCGGCAGGGGGAAUCUGUGUGUUUGCUGCGUGUUGGUGAGAGACCGUCUCCUCCCCCCCCUCCCUUCGCAGCUGAUUUUAGCUUUGGCUCUUGCUUUUCAAGACUCACUUGCCGUUGCAAAGCCUACUGAAGGAUAAAAAAUGAGCGUAACCUGUUUCAGUGGUGAUACCUGCCAGUUCUGGGUCUGACACCAGCCCUUUCUUUUUAUUUCGCCGUAAAGGUUAUUCUCUCCUUUUUUUCUGUCCCCCUGAUGCAUCGGAGGGAGAUCUGGGGGGGUUUGUUGUUGCCACGUGUGACCCAAACAGCAGGGAAGGAUCCCCAAGAAGCCACCAUAGGUGGACAGAGCAAGCGUGCAGAACAAAGCGAGCAUGUUUUUUAAUUACUUUAAUUAUUCCAUCAUAAAUCUGUCUUAUAUAUAUAUAAAAAAAAGAGGGUUCAAGCUCUUUGCAGCCAGCAUUUACAGACUGAAAGUGGCAAGAAGAUUGUUUGUUUCCCGUCCCCCUCGGCUCUGCAGCGAUGAGGAGCUCCAGCCUCUGCCCAGAGCAUUCGGAGAUGAUGCUUGAAAUGACGGGGCAGCCCAGGCUGAUGGAUGCCGCUCCCUGGUCCGGGAGGGUUGACGUGCUGUGUGAGAGUAACAUGGAUUGGGUUUUUUUUUUCUGUUUUCUGGGGAUAUCUGUACAGUACUAAACCCAAGAGCUACCUACAUCCAUCCUGCAGCAAAUAAUUCGGCCUCCAAACUUCAAUCCUCCUUGAAAAUGGGAGGCAGUAGGCAGACUGCAGCUGGGGAUGCUGUGAGGGGAAGUUUUUUGAUGGGGAGAAAAUGUAUUUUCUUUAUUAAAUUUUAAGGUGGUGGCAAUAAGGGUGUGUGAAAUAGGAGGCAGCGUUUAAAAAGGAGGGGAAGAUAGUGCUGCUGGGCACAGAUCUUUGUCCCUCCGCCUGCCCUGGCAGAACGGGGCUGGGUUGCAUCGGAUGCUCCGGGAACACAGGCACCUUGUUCCCGGCAGUAGGGCUUUAGCUGGUGAGCCCUUCUGCACAGAUACAGCUUAUAUAAUUUAUUUAUAGAAAUAGAUAUAUACUGCCUGACCGAAAUCAGUUGUGCUAAUGCAAAAAAACUCCCAUUUUUUUUUGCAGUUGCUGGCCUUGUUUGUUGGUCUGGAGUAGGAUUUUGCUGCUCUCUGCUCCCCCUCCCACGGUUUUUAGCCCACGCCGCGCGAGUUCUGCCAGCAAAACCUCUAGGUGUGCCAGGGCUGGGUCUGGGCAGAAGGAUGGCCUUGGCUCCAGGUUUGGUGGCUGGGAUUUGCCACUGCGUUUGCCUCGUCCCAGCUAGUUCUGCUGGGGGAUAGCUUCUCCCCGUUGGUAUGGUUGGGGGCAUCCGAGCGAGGCCUGUUUGUGUUGCCGUGCUGGCGGACGGGGUCGGAGUGCUGUGCCGCACUGGCUUACCCGCUCGGUACAAACGCUGGGCCUUGUGCCGUCACCAGCUCUCUGUCUGCUCGCUCUCCCGUAGGAAAUGGAGCCAGGAAGGGGUUUCGAGCGGCGCUCCUCCUCCUCGAGCUGAACCGAAACGGUGCUGGCUGGCUUGUGCAGGCACGCAGCGCAGCAGCCAGUUCAGCCGAGGCGUUUGCUGCCCUUGGUUUGGGGUUUUUUCUGCAAAGGGGAACGGCUGCUGCAGUGAGCUGCAGUAAUAAGCAUUGACGUGCUGCCUCCCGAACGAGGAUGAGAAGGGCCUGCCUGUUCCCCUCGGGAAGGGAUCCUGCUCCUGGCCCGCAGAGAUGGCUUUGCCACGCCACGUGGGAGAACCGCAGGCGAUGGGAUUGCCCUGGCCCUUCAGAAAACCACUGCCAGCGCCCUGCGUUUGUCCUCCGCUCCCGCUUGACCUGCGGAAACAUCCAGCUCGCUCGGCACCGGUCCGGUGGUUGGGUGUAUGGGGAGGAAGGGACCGUGGCCCCCGUGAAGCUGCUGCAGUGGGAGAUGCCCAGACCCGGCUCUGGCUGGACUGUGCGACCUGUUUAGAUGUUAAUGCGGAGGGACGGCUGAGCGGAGCACAAUGGAGCACAAAACAUGCGCAUAAUGGCUGAAGUUUUAAUCCCCUGCUGCCGCCUGGAGCAGGGAAAACAAUGCCGAGGGUUUCAAAUGGCCCGUGGAGCACCCUGGCAGAGUAUUAUUUUCUACCUGGUACCCCCAGAGAGCCUUUUCAUGUGCUAGAAGCAAACUAAAAAGGAAAGGGGGAAGGAAGGAAGGACAGACAGUCCGGCGGAGCCCUUUCCAAGGCAUGUCAGCAGCAGGGCACAGGCUCCUCUUGGGGCAAGAGGCAGCGUGCCUCCCCAGAGGCAGUAGAUUUCAUUGGGAAAAAUUAAUAAUUAAACUCUUGGAGCACCUGAAAGUGACCAUUCUCUCCCCAUCUGUCAGUGAGCUGACAGCCAGGCUUAGUGAGCGCUGCUGAGCAUCCCACCAUGCCACCUUCUGCUGGUGCGUUAUCCAGCCCGGCCGCAGGAGCAGGGUGAACCAGCCCUGCUGGGGUUUCUGGCCGUGCUGCACUCUCGGAGCAUACCGGUUACCCGCCGGCCGCUGCAGCAGAGCCGGUUCAGCGGCUGAGAUCUUGGCUGGAGAAGGGGGACCUGCCACAGCGGGACCCCACUGGAGCCAUCGAAGCAGGACAGCUUGGGCCUCGCAACGGCGUGAUCGGAGGGGAAUGGAGCAGUGAAGCGUGGGAGGCUCCCUGCCCAGAGCUCACUGACAGUGGAAGAACAGGCUGUGAGGAGACAAGCAUCCCCGAGCAGACCCAGUUCCAGGGAUGCUUUAUUCCAGCAAAAGCUGAAUUUGUGUGCUGGAGAGAAUGGACUGGAAACGAAUAGUCGGUGGGUCAGCUGUGAGCGUCGGCUGUCCAAGCAGAGCCUGUGCUCGUGUUUGGAGGCCACAAUACCUGCAUGGCUUCUUCCCUCAAAACCAGUGCUGCUGGGCCAUUCUGUCCCACCUUGGUAACAGCUGCUGGGAAUAUAUGGCCAUCCAGGCGUACUGGGAUCGAUUGAAAUCGGAUCUGGAUUGAAUCAUGCCACCCCUUUUGUUCCCUUGGCCUUGAGAUGGGGCAUGCCAGGAAGCACGGCCAUGAGCUGCUCUGUACAGACCAGCCCUCAAGCGACAGGUUAUCGGAUCAUUGCCCACAGGAACCGUUUUGGCACCAGCAUUUGCUGUUACUGUGGGUAUCCAAGCAUGUUUGCAUUCAAUAAAUGACAAAAAAAAAAGAAAAAAAAAAAAAGCCUGAAAUGCUGGUGCAACUGGGCUGGGAUCACAUCAUUGUUAUGUCUUUUCUGUCCCUUACAUCCUGCAGCUGUGGUUGCUUUUUGGGUCUGGCCUUUGCAGCCAGCAGCACACAGGGGUGCUGUGAAAGCCGCUCUGGGCAUCCUGAAACACCCCCUGAGCCUCCAUCCUGUGCAGGGACUGCAUCUGCUGGGGGCACGUCCAUUGCUUGAGCACGUGGCGCCUGUGCCUUGAAAGCAGAGAAACCCUGCCCAGAAAAACGGCUAAGUGCUGCUUAACGUCGGGGGAGACGAAACCCCAGGGAGGGGGCGGCCAUCACGCACCAAGCACAGGCGUAUUCCUCGGUGCAGACUUUGUUCCCGGAGGUGCCGUGCGCCUGGAUUUUGUACCGAUAGUGUUUUGCACUUUGCUGUACUGAGGCCUUAAUUACUCGAACCCCCGCCAGCCACUCAUCCAGCAUCGUUUCCUCUUCUGAGUGCAUGCUAAAAGUUUCUUUUGGGGGCGAUCCGUUCCUUGUUUGGUCUGAACCAGGAGGUGCGAGCUCUUUUUUGGAAAGCCUGAAGCACACGUCUCUCCCCCAGGUUCUUGGUAAAUCGAGUGGAGCUGGGCAUUCGGGAGAAAAUGAUACUGUUGGCUAGCAAUAACCCUGGAAAACAGCUGAACAAAGAGGUGGACGUGGCAGGUGGGGGCCCUGCUGGGCCGGAGCGCGGCCCAGAUUGUGUGAGGAAUGAGCCUGAAGUUUGCUCCCGCAUCAGGAACGGGCCUGGCACUUCACGAUCCGGCAGGAUCUGCCGAUGCCUCCGUGCUGCUGGCUGUGUGGAGGGAGCGCCUGUUCCUGCCCUGCUGCUUGUGCCGUUGGGUGCCUUCGGCUGCCUCCGAAAGCUGGGGAGAGCUGGUCUUCAGAGCUCCCUUAGGUGCUCUUUUCCCGUGUGCUUUGAGCCUAGCUCCCGUCAGAGGGUUUCGCCUUAGGUCCCACUGGAUGUCAGGCUGCAGACAGCAGCUUCCCUGCUGGAAAAAGGAAAACUGAGCUCCCAAAGCCGGGAAGCUCGGGUCUUGUGUGCGUGUUUCCCUCUGAGCAGGAGGAGCUUGGGGGAUUUGCCGUGGAGGCGAUGGCUUAUGAAACUCCCCAGACGCUGCCUCGCUUUGUCGUGAGCUUACCUCCUCAGUGCCUGCUUCUAACCGAGCUGCUGAAGCUCCAGCAGCCCUGUUACGGUGAAGAAGGUGGGGACUGGUCGGUUCGGGCUUCUGGAUGCUUCUGGGGUUUGACGUGGACCUUUCCCCUGUUGCAACACCUGGAAGAAUCCUAAAACCAGAGACCCUGCAGCUUUUGCCUUGCUCUGUCCUGCACAGGGACUGGAGGGGUGCUCUGCGCUCCCCCAUCGGAUAAUAUUUUCUCUCUAAUGUUUCUCCCCUGUGGUUCUUGAUGCGUUUCAAAGCUCUGCAGCAUCCUUGGGGUGCCCUGAUCUUAAAAACGGUGAAGCAGAGGGAUUCUUGCUCCCUUUUCCCCUGCCUGGUGGAUCCAAGUCUGACCAGGCUCAGGGGCUGCUGCUUCAGCAACUGCAGACCCCUCUGGCCCAGGGCUGCCUGGAAAGGGCCAGGCCACGUGCCUGGGGAUGGGGAGAGCCCCUCUGGGAAUAUCGAGGGGUUUGCUUUGGGUUUUAAGUGGAGGGGAGGCUGAGAAACCCGGUUUCAUGUCAGCAGAGCCCCGGUCGCCGCUGCUGCUCCCCGCAGCUCCCGCACCCUGCCUGUGCGGAUGGCAGCAGCGGGGAGCCCGAGCUGUGGAGCUGCUGGAUCCCGGUGCUGGCAGAUGGCAGGGGAAGGGGGGGCCGCUCCGGCCAUCAGCCGCGGCGCUGGGGGGCACGGUGGCAGGGGGGACCCCUCCAGCUCACAUCACCACCGCCUGCAGAGCCAGCAGCGGUUGCCGUUAGACCAUCACCGAACCCAGAGCCACCCUGCCCCAGUGCCAGGGGCUCAGAGGAGUUUGGUGCUGGGUUAUUUUAUUUAUUUCUCUCUCUCUUUUUUUUAUUUUUUUUUUCUUUCCCCCUCCCUCUGAACCUCCCCUCCCACUGCAGCCGUCCCUGCUGAGCCCUGACCUCAUGAUGUCAUGCUGGGAGUAGGACAUGUUGCUGGUUCUUGUUUAACCAGCCUGCCUUUCUAUCAUUUUCCCCCUCUCCUACACGUGAAACCUGAGACCACUCUCUGUCCCUUCCCCCCCCCUUUUUUUCCCUCUUUUCCUCCCUCUCCACUCCAUCCAGAAGCUCCUUCCCAUCAGGUCAGUACUGGGCUCGGGUCCCUGGCACAGCAGCUGCCUCUCCGGAAGCACAGCGGGGACAGCGUUUGCAAAUCGUGCCGCUAAAGGCUUGCUAGAUAAGCAAAUUCUUAGGAGAUCAGGAGGCAGAGAGAGAAAUCUCGUGUGCUGGCAAGGGGUUGGGUGCUGUGAUUUGGAAAUGGGCUCUGCGGGUUUGGGCUACGGUUACGGAGCAAGUGGAUGCGAGUGGGAGCCAGGGCGUGUCGCUGGAGUGAUGGCGAGGGGACCUUGUGGAUCGCUUGAGGUGUAAAUGCUGCGUGGGAAGGGGCGGAAAGGCGUGGGACAAGUAUGAGGGAUGCGCACGAGCAGGGGCUGCCAGGGGUGGAAACCCCCUGGUAGCUGGGGACGUGGGGGUGCCAGUUCCCUGCACAGGCUGUUCCCCAGAUUGCUGUGCUGCCCUUGAUGCUUCUCCUCUGCCUGCUUCCUUCAUCCCCAAAAGCAGGAGGUAGUAUUUCCUCCCUGAUAAAGAGGAGAAAAGGGGGUGUGGGAGAUUUAAUUCCUUAUCCGUGGACUCACAGAUUUUAAUUUUGGAUCCAUGGACAUGGAGUUAAAUAAGGACUUCUAAUGUGCAAGAGCCAUUCUUAAUGUUAACCUUUGUUUCUCUUCUGACCUGUGUUAUCUCUUCUGAAGCUUGGCUGAAUCUCUUCUGCCUUUUAUAUUAGCAAAACUAAUUAUAGUUCUGGAAAGUAGUGAGGGGCGGCUAACGAAUGUUGAAGUUGGAGGAUCUGUCUGGCACCAUGCUGUAGAUACCAGAAGGUGGUUCCCAGAGCAGCCGGCCCAGGAGGGGCCUACGCAGAAGCGAAGAAAGCGGAGAGGGGAAGGAUGUAGCUCCAACAGGUACGGGGUUUUGGCUGGGUGGGAUCCCUUGGUGGCAGAAUGAGUCCUGAUGUGAUGGAAGAUGGGCCUGGGCUGGGUGCUGCUCCGGCUCCGUUGCAUUCACAUCACCCCAUGCCUGAGUUUCCUCACAUGCGACGGGCUAAACCCCAGCUUCGUCCAGAGUGCGAGCUUGUUGGGACGUUACCUGUACGCCAGAUCUCACUUAAGAGAUAAGUGCUGUUUGGAGAUGGAGAGAAAAACAAAGUCCUCUGGCAAGUCCCAUGUAUGGUUUUCUGCUGGGCUGACAGCAGCACAGCCUGUGUUUUCCGAGCAAGCAAUCUUUCCGGGUCAUUCCUUAAUAGCUUGGUGUCAGACUAAUAAUGUCUCUGAAAGUCCUUUCAUCUCUGAAAUCUUGUUUACUUUUUGGCCUUUCCUCAAUAUGGACAGUGAAAUGACACUGUUCUAUGUCACCUGAAAAAUACCAAGUUGGUUUCAGCUUCCUGCUGUGGAAAAGAGCUCUGUCUGGAUGCUUCCAGGAAAUUUUUCUUUUUGGAGUUGCCCGUUUUGGAGCAGGGCACUGUCCAUGUUGCAGUGAGAAAUUAAACCACCCAAACAAAGCCCACUCAUUUUACAGUGGCUUUCUGCUACAAAGACAUGGCUGCUCCUACCAACUUGUGCAAAACCUGUCAAAACUACACUCGCAGUCCCAAAACAAAGGCAAGCUGUGCGUUUUAUCUCACACAAUCUCUUGACCACAAAAUCCGGGCAGCGUCUCUGCAGCGCUCUGGGCUCUGCUCCCGGCUGUAACUUUCUUUGACAAGUUGCAGGGCUGCAGCGCCGUGGCUUUAUCCGUGCUGGGGCAGAUGCUGGCCCUCCCUGGCACCAGCUGCGAGCUGCAUCAACCAUUAAUGCGGCUGUUCCGUGGGAGUUGCCCCUGGAGAGAAGGGAAGGGGAACAGAUGAACGCUGGCCGCUGCAUAAAUAACCGAGUGCAGGGCUACCGCCGGCUUUUCUUCCCUCCUCUCUACCAGUUGCCAGUAACAGGGGGCUGGGGAGGAUUUGGAGAGCAAAAGAGCCACUGAAAUGGAGAAAAGCUGUGCCAGGUGCUACAAAUUUGUUGCUGGGGGAAUUUGCCCCUUGCCUGCCAGGUCUCCACCAGGGAGUGAGAUUGUAUAACACCCAGCGCUCGUUCGGCUCAUUAAAAACAGUUGUUCUCACCGGUGACGUCUCCUCUGCACAAAGGCUGGGGCUUUUUAGCAGGGGAUCAGUUUUAAAAUAGCUCCCAGAGCCCCGGGAGGAGAAGAGAGCCGGCGAUCCGCACAGCUCCCCGCCGACCAGGUGAUCCUGUCCUCAUUAUUUUGUGUUUUGCAGAUACCCGAGGUGGAGAUUUGUUUUUCUCCAGGGCUCCCUCGGCGCUGGCAGCCCAAGGGAAGCCACCAGCUCGAGGCCUGGGAGCAGCAGCACGGGGACAGGCUUUGUCAAAGGUUUCCUCUGUGCCUCGGAAGCUAAUCCCGCCUGUCACGUGGCGCCGGGAGCGCAGCCGUUCCCGCUGGCCUCGGACACGGCCGCAGCCCCCCUGGAUGCCCCCCUGGACGCCGGGAUGCAGGAGGGUGGCACGGUGGGAUAGACUCGGCUGAACUUUCCUCCAGAGUUGGGUUUGGCAGGAUUCUGCCACAUUCCCCACCAUGGGUGACAUGAAAACUCCAGAUUUUGAUGACCUUCUGGCAGCUUUCGAUAUUCCUGACAUCGACACGAACGAGGCCAUCCAUUCCGGCCACGAGGAAGCUGACGCUCACAUCAAGCAAGUCCCCGGGGAGCCAGGACCCCCUGACCACGUCCUCCCACACACAGACAUCACUGCUGUCAGCGUGAUUGUGAAGAACACCGUCUGCCCCGAGCAGCUUGAUGCCCUGGAUGGGCGCGGUAAAGAUGGGCACGUCAUUGGGCCCCGCUUGCUGCAGAAUGGUUUUGGGGCCGCUGAGAUGCCCAGGUCCCCCACCUCCAGGUCUGUGGAAGCUGUGGCAUCCUCCAACGGGGAGUGUUGGGUGAAGGAAAAAGGCCCCAAACCCCUGGAUAUCUUUUCCCAUUUUAGCCCUGAUCCCAACGAAGACAACGCUGCCAACCUGAUUGACAGACCCCGGGAGUGUAAACCGAAGGAGAAGUCCCUCGCUGUGCCCUCCCUCUCCCCAUCCCCCACCCCGUCACUGGACUGCAAAGAGCCCAUGGGAGAGAGCACGGAGAACCUGCCCCCGGCUUUCCCGCAGUCCUUUGAAACAAGCCAGGCAGGGGGUGCAAAUGGGUCCCCUCCUGCCAUCCCCUGCAUCAAAAAAGAGGAGUCUGACUCGGAGGAGGUGGGCCACGAAGCCAGCCCGAAGGGCCUGGCUGCAGCCUUGGGUGACAGUCCCUUGGAGCACCUGAAAUCGGUCACCGUUCGCUACUCCACGGAUGAUUCUCCCAUCGCGUCCUGGCCCGGUUCUGACCCAAACCUUGACAGCAGCGCCAGCAACCUUCCUGAAGUGAAACACUCGCCUGCCAGCCCCCGGGAGCCGUUCUUCAAGGCCUCCUCACCGGUGGUACAAAGCCCCAGGCUCCCCACUUCUCCAAAGCAGCUGGACAACAUCACCCUCAAGGAAGAGCAAGAAAUGCUGGAGAAGUCGAUGGGAAGUCCACAGAGUAUGUCCAGUGCUGAAGAAGAGGAGGAGGAAGAAGAAAACAACAAUGAUUCCCCUUCUUCCAAUUCCUCACGGCCCCUGAAAGUGCGGAUUAAAACCAUCAAAACAUCUUGUGGCAGCAUCACCCGGACAGUGACCAGGGUCUCCUCGGAUUCAGAGCCAGGCUCCACCAAGGGCUCGGCCGAGCAGAGCUCCCAGGAGACUUCUCUCGAGGGUGUCAGCUUCUCAGCGCUGGCAGAGAAAGAGGAAGGGAUCGCGCUGGAGGUGCCCAAGGAGAAAAUGGAGCUCUCCAGCCCCUUGAAAAACAUUGAGGGGCCGAAAAUUGUCAGUGUUCAGCUUGGCAAUGGCACCAAGCUCAAAGGCACUGUCCUGCCCGUCUCCACCAUCCAGAACGCCAGCAGCGCCAUGCUGAUCGCGGCCAGUGUGGCUCAGCAAAAAUCCGUGGUGCUGCCGGCCAAGACGGGUAAAGCCGUGGCCAAGAACAUCAUCAACCUGGUGCCACAGACCCUGCCCAAAGCCGACACCAGGACCAAUGUCAGCACCGUGACGCAGACCACAACCAUCACCACCACGGCCAACCAGAAAGUCAACGGCACCACGGUUGUGAUGGUGCAGCCGCAGAAGCCUUCCCCUACCAUCGCGGGCACCGUCAUUUCCAGGAGCCAGUCCAGCCUCGUGGAAGCCUUUAACAAGAUCCUCAACAGUAAAAACCUCUUGCCGACGUACAAACCCAACCUGAAUCCUCCGGCCGACGCGAGCCUCACCCUGCCUCCCUUCGGAUACCGCUGCCUGGAGUGCGGGGACUCCUUCGCCCUGGAGAAGAGCUUGGCUCGCCACUACGACCGGCGAAGCAUGCGCAUCGAGGUAACCUGCAACCACUGCACCAAACGCCUCGUCUUCUUUAACAAGUGCAGUUUGCUCCUCCACGCGCGGGAGCACAAGGACAAAGGGCUGGUGAUGCAGUGUUCCCAUUUGGUCAUGAGGCCGAUCGCUUUGGAUCAAAUGAUCGGACAGCCGGACAUCACCCCCCUGGUCUCGGUGACCUCCUUCCCCGCUAGCAAAGUGACUGGCGUGGCUCAGGACACCUUGGCCACGGCCAACGGGGCUCAGGACCUCCCCAUCCUGCCUCUGAGCAACAGCUCGGAGCAGACCAACUACAGCUGCUUCAGGUGCCUGGAGUGCAAAGAACAAUGCAAGGACAAAGCUGGGCUGGCCGCGCAUUUCCAGCAGGCGGUGACCACGGGGACGACCAGCAGCACGGUUUGUACGACGUGUCCCAUGAUCAUGUCCAAUCGCUGCAGCUUUAACGCCCAUCAGCGGAUGCACAAAAACCGGCCGCCCCACGUCUGCCCCGAGUGCGGAGGGAACUUCCUCCUGGCGAACUUCGAGAGCCACCUGAAGGAGGCCUGCCUGCACUUCUCCCGCAGAGUGGGGUACAGGUGUCCCAGCUGCGCUGUGGUCUUCGGUGGGGUCAACUCCAUCAAGUCCCACAUCCAGACCUCCCACUGCGAGGUGUUCCACAAGUGCCCCAUCUGCCCCAUGGCGUUCAAGUCGGCCCCCAGCGCCCACGCGCACGUCUACACGCAGCACCCUGGCUUCAGCAAUCAGCAGUCCAAAAUGAUUUACAAGUGUGCAAUGUGCGACACGGUCUUCACCCACAAGCCCCUGCUCUCCUCCCACUUCGACCAGCAUCUGCUCAACCAGCGGGUCAGUGUCUUCAAGUGUCCGGACUGCCCGCUGCUCUUCGCCCAGAAGCGCACCAUGCUGGAGCACCUCAAGAACACUCAUCAGCCCCAGAAGCCAAAGGAAGACCUGGCAAAGAAGGCAGCCAUCCUGCUCACGCCGAAGCAGGAGCCUGUCGAAACGCCCGUGUCCAAGAUCUCGGAGGAGUCGUCGUCCUCCACGGAGGAGGACGAGCCCCCCAGCUCCCCCGAGCUGCGCAAGACCAAGCGAAGCCGCUUCCAGCGCAAGACGGUCAACAAGUCCAAGGGCAGCGGGUGGACGUGCGGCGUCUGCCACUCCUGGUUCCCGGAGCGCGAUGAGUAUGUCUCCCACAUGAAGAAGGACCACGGCAAGUCGGUGAAGAAGUUCCCGUGCCACCUGUGCGAGCGGUCGUUCUGCUCCGCUCCCAGCCUCCGGAGACACGUGCGAGUGAAUCACGAAGGGAUCAAGCGCGUCUAUCCCUGCCGGUACUGCACCGAGGGCAAAAGGACCUUCAGCAGCCGGCUCAUCCUGGAGAAACACAUCCAGGUGCGACACGGGAUCAAAGUGACCGACCAGAUGAAGAGCCAGGAGGUCGUUAUCGCCCGGAUAGGGACCGGCACCACGCAGGUGUCCGGGCGGAAGCGGAAACUUUCCUCGGACGAGGGUGACUCGUGCAGCGAGGAGCCCGACAGCACCACCCCUCCCUCCAAAAACCCCAAGGGCGACCGCAAGGCCCCCUUCCGCUGCCGCAAGUGCGGUUACCUCGCCAGCAGCUCAGCCGACUUCCAGGAGCACAUCCCCCAGCACCGGACUGACGAGAGCUCCCACCAGUGCCGGGAGUGCGGGCUCUGCUUCACCUCCCAGGUCUCCCUCAACCGCCACCGCUUCAUCACCCACAAGAAGAAGAAGGGAGCGAGCGAGAUGGAGGAGCCGGGGCCCCGGAGCCCGCUGGAAGGAGGCGCCCAGCACGUGGCCGACGGCAAGCUCUCCUGCAAGGUGUGCGGCCGCUGCUUUGACAGCCAGCUCAACCUCAAGACACACUUCCGCACGCACGGCAUGGCCUUCAUCCGCGCCAGGCAGAACGCCAGCCCCGAGAACUAGCGCCCCGGCAGCGGGUACAUACCCAGCGGCUGCCAGCGCCCGCCUGGGCCCCCCUCCUCCUCCUGGGCAGCCUUUCGGCAGCGGCGCGGGGAAGAGACCGUAACGGGGUUUGCACGGUCCGGCCGGACCCGCGUGCCUGGCUCAGCGGGGGCUCAGCACCCCCGGGCUGCCGGGGCGGGCAGGAUGGCGGCUGCCUUGUGCAGGAGGCGAAGGGCAGAGGCCGGACGCGCUGCCUGGUGCGCGGGGAGGCCGGUUUGUUCGCUGCUCUGUCCUCACCCGGGGACGUGACUCUCCCCGUGGCUGCUUGUGCCUGCGGGGAGGGACAGUGGCCUUCCUCCCGCGGGGAUGAGGAGGGGAGAGGGACGCCCCGCACCCCGCGGCCAGCCUGGGCAAGCCCGAGCUGUCGUCUUCACACCCUGGGCCUCGCUGCCGCUCUGCCCGUGCGGGAUGGGAAGGCAGCUGGUGGCGCUGGGCAGGACCUGGGGACCAGGGGCCACUUCUCCAUCACAGGAAAGAGAUGGCUGUGAUGGCAGAAAUGUCACAGCAAAAUCCACCCCUUUUUUUUUUUUUUUCCUUUUUUUUUUUUUUUUUUUUUUCCUCUCCCUUUCCCUUUUCAAUGUUGUUUAUUUUGUGUUUUGCUGGGAACUGGGGGGAGAAGCCGAGUCCAGGCUUGUCACAGAGACCCCCCCGGCCCCUCUCUGGCUCCGCUCACCUGCCAGAUGUGCCAGGUCCUUCACCAUCACUUGCACUAACGGCGGACGCUGGUCACUUCGUGCCCCAGGACGGCCGCACUCAGGCCCCGGCUGGCGGCUUCCCCGGGGAGGAGGAGAUUUUAAUUUGGCAGAGGAAAAACCAGAAGCCAAAACCAGGCCCCUGGGUGAGCUCAGCAUGUGCCCGCCAGCACCGUCACCCCACGGGCACCACGAAGCUGCACCGUGUUGGCUGGCGCUGCAGCGAGGGGGGCCCGUCCCCCCAGGAUCUGUGCCGGCCGCUCUCCGGGCGAAGGGGCCGUGAGGAGGGAAAGCCGCUGCUGGAUCCCGUUACAGACUGAAACGCUGACGGUGAGUCUUGGGGGGGCUUUUCCCAGGGGCACUGGUGUCACCCACAGCCGCCCCCCACCCGUUCCCACCCAGCUCCGGGGGCCGAGGGCUCUGCUGCUGCCUGGGCUCGGCUUCACCAGCUGCUCCUCUUCCUCGGCCACCCCUUGGCGGGCACAACGUGGAGCCCAGCACGGCUCAGCACCGCGGGGCCCGACCGAGCUCCCCCUCGGCCACUGUGAACCACAUCCCUGCACACACGCGUGUGAGCGCUUGGCCCCAGCACAGCAGGGUCUCACCUGCUCGGGGUUGUCACCGUGUCCCACUGUUACCUUCAAAAAAAAAAAAACAAAAAACAAAAACAAACAAAAAAAAAAGACAAAAAAAAAACCAGCCAGAAAAGAAACUUCUAGUUGUUCUGUUUGUUUAGCGCCUGUGCUUGGGGUAGGGUAUUUGUGUGAGUAAUUAUUUCAGUAACUUAACUUUGGGCUCCUCCUUAUUUCCUUGUGAAUAACCUCUAACACGCUGUGUAAAGUUGUAUCAUACACUAAAAGUGACAAAAAAAAAAAAACAAACAAAAAACAAA